GCUUAUACUCAUCAAGUAGAACACAAGUAGCCCAUAAUUUACGGUUUUCAUUUUUUUCAGGUUUGGCAAGUAACCCAAACUUGCAGGAUCCGAUCACCUCCAAUUUGGGAUCACCAUCACCAGCAAGCAUAUAAUCUCCCACCAAAAAGCCCCAAAUUCCAAUCACCCCAAAACCUCCUGAGGUUCUUGUUCAGAGUGUCACCCAAUGGACAUCGAGCAUGGCAAGAAGCCCCCUGCCAUCGCCGCUGCGGAGCUGUGCACGCUCAAGGACAAGCUCGUCGGCCUAUGGCCGGUCCUGCUGCGGGCGGCGGCGGUCCUGGCGACGGCGGUGGCCGCGGUGGUCAUGGGGCUCAACAGGCAGUCCUACACCGCGGUGGUGGCCAUUGUGGGCACCAGGCCGCUCACUCAGACCUUCACUGCCAAGUUCAACCACACGCCUGCAUUUGUGUACUUUGUCAUAGCCAAUGGUGUUGCCAGUCUGUAUAACCUGGUGGUGCUGCUCACCAGAAGGUGCCUUGUGCAGGGGAGGGCCCAGCAUUUGGUAGUGCAUAGGAUGGACAUGGUAAUCAUGGUUCUAUUGGCCACUGGUGCCGCGACAGCGGCUUCGAUGGCCGAGUUAGGCAAGAACGGUAACUUGCACACGCGUUGGAACCCGAUAUGCAACAAAUUUGGCUCCUUCUGCAACCGUGGAGGCGUAUCCCUCGUGUCCUCGUUUAUCGGUGUUGCGCUCAUGCUAGCCCUGAACUUGCUCUCAUCUGCAACCACCUCUCCCCGUGCCGUCGUCGCAGGCCAAUGAGCACUAGUACCUCAGCUCUGACAGCUCAUACCCAAGAGUACACUGCCUAUGUCACUGGGAUGUGAAGUGAUGUGAGACAAUAUGGUUGCAUGUGGGAGCUAGAUCUCAUGAGGAAGUGUGAUCAAAGUUGCAAGUGUGCUAAAUUUGGUGUACAACUGUAUAUCACCUUGCCUGGUCUGAAAUGUGCAGGCACAUAAGCCCUGGUUGGUUAUGGGGCUUUAAGUAGAUCAGAUCUUACAUCAGAUCAAGUUGUUGCACCAUUCAAUUCUACUACUUUGUGGUUGUAAACCAGUACUUACGACUGUCCCGGCAUUUGGCUGCAUUUGCUCAAUUGGAUGAGAUACACUCACCGUUCUAGACGUAUGUCUGGUGAGGUUUGGUCUUCCAGAACAGUUUGUACCUGUUGUACUGCAUGGAGCUCUUGUUUUAUUACCUGAAUAGUGAUGUUGUUUGGAGUUGCUUGA